GGCCAGGAGGAGUACAGGGCGAGAUGGGAGGCGGAGGAGGAGGAGAAUGGGGCUGUGCGGAGCCCACGGGGAGAAUCCGAAAGUACGAGUGCGAAGGAGAGAGAAAUGCAAAAGGGGACGUCCCAACGGCUGGAACUGGGACGGAGCGACGGGGGUCAGGGAAGGCCCGAGUACGGGCCACAGGCGCGGAGUGGGGCGAGCCGACACGUGGUCCGGCAUGCUCUGCCCACCGCACGCCGAGGUGCCCUGACCAUGAACCUCAACUCCUCCCUCGGCCACAGGAAGGAGCUGAGCAACCUCACGGACCAGGAGGGUGGUGAAGGGGGCGCCGUCAUCACCGACUUCAUCACCAUCAUUAUCAUCACCAUUUUUGUCUGCCUGGGCAACCUGGUCAUCGUGGUCACCUUGUACAAGAAGUCCUACCUCCUCACCCUCAGCAACAAGUUCGUCUUCAGCCUCACGCUCUCCAACUUCCUGCUGUCCGUGCUGGUGCUGCCUUUCGUGGCGACCAGCUCCAUUCGGAGGGAAUGGAUCUUUGGUGUGGUCUGGUGCAACUUCUCGGCCCUCCUGUACCUGCUGAUCAGCUCGGCCAGCAUGCUCACACUCGGGGUCAUCGCUGUGGACCGCCUCAGAGACGUGUCCCAAACCCACCGCGGCCUCGGCCAUCCCGGUCGGCAGCGCCUGGCCCCCCACGGGCCCCUCCCCAGGCCGGGCUUCCUGCCGAGCCGUGGUCACGGACUGAGGCCAAGGCCCAGGAUGGGGACGAGCACGUGCGGGGUCUUCUCUGGCCCCGGUCCGUUCCACCCGCGCGCUGCACAAGCGCGGUACCCCAAGCUCACGGACAGGUGGACCGCGGGGGAGUGUGGGUGCUCACUCAGUCCAGGCGCGGGCCUUGCUCCUAGGCCAGGGGGGUUUGACUCCGUGUGCCGCAGUUUUAACUGCCAAGAGCUCCUUCCCGUGACCUCUGUGGUCUCCAGAGCCUCCGGCUCUUUUGUUCAUGGAGUCCUUAUUCUCUCAAUUUUCUCAGGGGACUCAAACCUGGGCCUGUCCCCCCACCUCACGGCCCUCAUGGCAGGCGGACAGCCCCUGGGGAACAGCAGCAGCACGGGGGACACUGGCUUCAGCUGCUCCCAGGACUCAGGAACAGACGUGAUGCUGCUCGAGGACUACACGUCUGAUGACAGCCCUCCCUCCCACUGUACUUGCCCCCCCAAGAGAAGGAGCUCCGUGACCUUUGAGGAUCAAGUGGAACAAAUCAAAGAUGCCGCCAGGAACCCUGUUCUUCACGUGAAAGCUGAAGUGCAUGAGUCCUUGGACAGUUACGCGGCCAGCUUGGCCAAAGUCAUAGAGGCCGAAGCCAAGAUCAAGCUGUUUGGGGAGGAGGCGUUGCCUGGGGUCCUGGCCGCAGCACGGACGGUCCCAGGGGCUGGCUUCGGGGGCCGCCGAGGCAGCAGGACUCUUGCGAGUCAGAGGCUGCAGCUGCAGAGCAUCGAGGAAGGGGACAUUUUAGCUGCAGAACCGCGAUGAGGGCCUCAGGGUGGACUGGCCCGCAGAGGGGCGCCCCGGGGAGGGACAUCUGGGGUGCAACCACUUGGAAAAACGCUGACCACGGGGUCUUGUGAGAGCACCCACCGGCUCCGGGUGGGCCCUGGCGAUGGGACCAGAGAUGUCUGAGGCUCCAGGGCACGCUGAUGGAGGUGUGGCCAUGACUUUUUGGGAGGGGGGGGCAUGGAAGGGGGGCUAGGGACCGUGGCUUGGAAGGAAACGGCAGCGUGGGUUACUUCCUCUUCUCCAGGACGUCCAGGGGCAGCCGGGCACUGUCCCAGAGAUCUCGGGAGGUAAGCCCUUUGCAGUGCUCCUGGGAGGACGACACUUCUUGCCAGAGCAGGACCUUCCCCUGCGCGUCCCCGUGGUUGGUGCGGCCACACUGAAUGCUUCCCGGAGGAGAAGCCGGGAGCAGAGCCUUUCGCAGGGGCUUCCACGCCUCCAUCCUGGUGGGGACCUUGCAGUCAGUGGGGGCGACCUGCUGGUGCUCGGGCGACCGGGCCCCGGGGCUGCUGUCGCUGGGGAUGGGGCCGCCCUGCCCACCUCCCUGUUGACUGACGCUUUGGUAUUUCAAAAGAAGGGAGCAACCACUAUACAAGACACGAGGAAGGA